AUGAAUCAGUGUAACAUUAAUCUUCUUGAUCUUCCUACUGAAAUAUUAAUUACCAUUUUUAAAAAAUUAGAUAAUAUUGAUAUUCUAUAUUCAUUGUUUGAUGUUAAUAAUCAACGACUCGACAAGAUAAUAAAAGAAAAUAUUUGUAUUCAUACUCUCAAUUUUGUAUCAACAACGUUAACUGAUGAUACUUUAUCGAUUUCUGAUCGAAUACUUGAUCGAUUCUGCAUGAAUAUAUUGCCAAGAAUCCAUUACAAUAUUAAAUCUAUUGUUCUUAAUUCAUUAUCUAUGGAACGUAUUCUUCGUGUUGCUGGUUAUCCUAAUUUAAGUGAACUUAAAAUCUUUAAUUUUAAUGGUAAAAUUGUUUCACAUUAUUUAACAGUUGAAUCACCACUUCGACGAAUUUUUCAGCGACAAAUUACAGAUCUUAUUCUUGUAUUUGAAAAUUCUUUUAAUGAAAUAUCAUGUGAACAUUAUUCAACAGAUAUAUAUGGAUUUAUUUUUAAAUUCUUCGAAAAUCUAAAACAUUUAUCUAUUAUUGGAUCAUACUCGAAAAAUUUUCCACCUUUAAUACUUUGUAAUUUACCUUCAACUACUUACUACUCUUCAACACUUUACAAAUUAUGUAUUCAUGUUAUGUGUUACGAUGAUUUACUUGCUUUACUUGACGGUCGUCUCAAACAAUUAAAUACAUUGAAUGUUGUUAUUAUAGAUGAGGAUUUUCAUUCAACGAAGGUUUAUAAUACGAAUAAUUUACCUGAUUUGAAAUAUUUUAAUUUACAAUGUAAUUGUUUAACUGAUGCAUAUUAUAAUAAAAUUCUACCACUUUUACGUCGUAUGUUAAAUAUUGAAGUAUUAAAUUUAAAUCUUAUUCUUGACAAUCUAACAACAUUUAUUGAUGGUAAACACAUUUAUAAUGAAAUUAUUGUUCAUAUGUCAAAACUGAAUAGAUUUAACUUUUGUUUUUGUAACUUCAUCGAAUUGGAUCAUUUAGUUCAUCAUUUAUCUAAAGAUGAUAUUUUACAAACUUUCAAUAACAUAACAGAUCAACAAGUAGAUUGUAUGAUAAAAUAUCGAAAUUUUGAUAUCAAAUAUCAUGUGUUUACAUUACCGUUCAUCUUUGAUAAUCUUUAUUAUAUUGAUAAUACAUUUUCGAAUAUUAUUUUCAAUCAUGUUUUAUGUAUUGCAGGUGUUUAA